AUGAUUCGGACUGAUUAAAUCAUCCCCACAGAUGAAACAUGAAGAGUUCUACGAGUUCGAUGCACAAAGCAACAUUUCCACAGUAAUGCAAUUUGUCCUGUUGGGAUUCGCGGCUCUCCCGAACCUCCAAGGGAUUCUGUCUGCAGUGUUCUCCAUCAUUUAUCUGAUUAUCCUCAUUGGUAAUUGCCUCAUAAUAUUAAUAACUAGGCUUGACCGUGCAUUGCAGAAACCCAUGUAUUUUUUCCUGGCAAAUUUUUCCUCUCUGGAAAUCUGUUACAUAUCAGUUACUGUCCCAAGGAUUCUGUUCAACAUUUGGACACAGAAUAGAAACAUUUCUGUGUUGGCUUGUGCUGUGCAGAUGUGCUUCUUUCUUAUGUUGGGAACUGAUGAAUGUUUCCUCCUGGCUGUCAUGUCCUAUGAUCGCUAUGUGGCCAUCUGCAACCCUCUGCACUAUCGUCUGGUGAUGAACCAGAGAAAAUGCACUCAGCUGGCUAUUGGUUCCUGGCUCAGUGGCAUCCCAAUCCAGAUUGGGCAAACCUGUUGGAUAUUCUCCAUGCAUUUCUGCAAUUCUAAUAAAAUAGAUCACUUCUUUUGUGACAUACCCCCCAUACUCAAGCUGGCCUGUGGGGACACUUCCAUACAUGAGCUGUCUGUCUAUGUGGUUGUUAUGGUGGUGGCUGCACUGCCCUUUAUACUGGUGCUUACAUCCUACAGUAAAAUUAUUGCCACUAUUCUGAGGUUACCAACAGCCAAAGGGCGGGCAAAAGCCUUCUCCACGUGCUCUUCCCACCUCCUUGUGGUGGUUUUGUUUUAUGGCUCUGGUACCAUUACCUACUUGAGGCCAAAAUCCAUGCAUUCUCCUGGAACUGACAAACUGCUCUCUCUGUUCUACACGGUUGUGACUCCCAUGUUCAACCCCCUGAUAUACAGUCUUAGGAACAAGGAGGUGAUUGCUGCACUGAGAAAGUUAAUACUCCAAAAGUAG